AUGCUCAUCAUCCCGUCUCGCAGUGCGCUGCUGUCCGUCUAUUACCCACAGAUCUUCCUCAUCCUCACCAGCGGUAGCUACCUGGCGCUGUCUUCUGUGGUAGCUCUGGGUGCUAACAUCAUCUGCAACAAAAUACCAGGACUGGCCCCCCGUCAGAGAGCCCUCUGUCAGAGCCGCCCAGAUGCCAUCAUUGUCAUCGGUGAAGGCGCCCAGCUGGGCAUCAAUGAGUGUCAGUACCAGUUCCGCUAUGGCCGAUGGAACUGCUCAGCCCUGGGCGAGAGGACAGUCUUUGGACAAGAGCUGAGAGUAGGCAGCAGGGAGGCAGCCUUCACUUAUGCCAUCACUGCAGCUGGAGUUGCCCACGCAGUGACCACAGCUUGUAGCCAAGGCAACCUGAGUCAGUGUGGCUGUGACCGAGAGAAGCAGGGCUACCACGACCAAGAGGAGGGCUGGAAGUGGGGAGGCUGCUCGGCGGACGUGAAGUACGGUGUGGAGUUCUCGCGGCGCUUUGUGGACGCCCGAGAGAUCAGGAAAAACGCACGCCGGUUGAUGAACCUGCACAAUAAUGAGGCAGGGCGAAAGAUCUUAGAAGAGAGGAUGAAGCUGGAGUGUAAGUGUCACGGUGUGUCUGGUUCCUGCACCACAAAGACCUGCUGGAUCACCCUGCCGAAGUUCCGAGAGAUCGGUUACCUGCUAAAGGAGCGUUAUAGCGAUGCAGUUCAAGUAGAGCCAGUCCGGGCCUCACGGCUCCGCCAGCCCUCCUUCCUACGUCUCAAAGAGGCUCGGGGCUACCAGAAGCCCACUGACACGGACCUGGUGUACCUCGAGCGUUCACCCAACUACUGUGAAGAGGACACGGCCACGGGCAGCACAGGGACACGGGGCAGACUGUGCAAUGGUACAUCUACUCACACAGACGGCUGUAACGUGAUGUGCUGCGGCCGGGGUUUCGACACGCACCACUACACGCGGGUCUGGCAGUGCAACUGCAAGUUCCACUGGUGCUGUUUUGUCAAGUGCAACACAUGCAGUGAGAAAUCAGAAGUUUUCACCUGCAAGUAG